CGCCGCAGUGCGCAUGCGCAAUGACAACACGGACUUGUCUACUCUCGGCGUAGAAACGUGUGUGUUUAUUUCAUUUUUUAAAACUCUUCCUUUCUGUUUAGAUGAUCCCAGUAUUUGUUUUUAACAUAGCGGACAUUCAGUGUAAAGGUUCUUCUAUUUAUUUCGGCUCCUCGUGAUGCAGAGUGUGUUAAAUCUUCAGGCUUGGAGAAGACAGAUGAGUUUAUGAGAGAAGAGGAUGAAGUAAAUAUAAUAUUCUCAGCCAUCAGAAAGUUUGGAGCUUAAAGCAGAUUUCCACUUCGUUUUUUUCCUCCUUUUUUCUCAAAAGUACUGGUUCUUGCUUAUGAAGUGACCUAGAACACAUCUGUCAACAAUCCUGACAGUGAAGUGUGUGAUCAUAGUGAACCCUUUAUCAAGUCCACUUUCUGGAGCCUUGGUUUUCUGUACUAGCCCUUUGUGCACAUUGCAAGGCUAUUUUUUUUUUUUAAAUACUUUCAUCAAAGCCAAGAAGGUGUAAAAUCCUAACAUGGAGAAAUAUUGAAAAACGUUCCUGUUAGUAAAGCACUCGGACCUGAUAUUCUCCUGUGUGUGAUCAGGUGAAACUUGUUAAUGAACUGCAAUAAUGACCACUAAGUCCAUCUCAGUCACCAACUUACCGUAUUGGGAAAGUGGGAAAAGGAGAAUUCGGUUCUUAUAUCUAGUCGGGGACACUACGUUUCAACUGACCAAGACGAGUAGAAAUGAGGAGCCAGUGAUCCCUCUGUUUCUUGGAGCUGAUCUAUUUUUGAACACAGAUGUCCGCACCGAGAACCAUCCCAGAUAUCACGCCAAGUUUGCAAAAAGAGGACUAGCAACCAAACUGGCUUUCGCUCCAGACUUCAGGUUCGAAGGCAUACGAGUUCCAUGUUCCCAUAACAGUUUGUGGUUCUACUGUGUUCAUGGGGUUUUUCAAGUGGCCUUUGAGUUUUACAGCAAACAAGAGCAGCUGUCCAUCCUGGAGUCAUUUCAGGAUCUUUGGAAAUCCCGGAUCAAUGAUGAUCAACUGAACUCGGCGUACAACGUUAGACUCCAGUUAGACACAAAGCCACCAAAAACCAGUAGUCAAGAGACACCAGUGGGAUUUAAUCCUUCAUCGAGUGAUAUUUCUGUUCCUGCUGAACACAAUGUAAACUCUCAGGAUACACCGGAAGACUUAGAGGAAGUGACCUUAGAGUCAACAUCUGGUCAAGGAGAUAAUUCCUCUUCUGCAGACCACGAUUACUGUUCCCAGAUUAAACCCGUGGAGUCUGAACACAUUAGUGUACUCACAGAGAGACUUCAUAGCAUAGGAAACAAGGUGAAAUGCACGUCAGGUGUGGACAAGAACCGAGAAGAGGCCAUUUUGAAACUUCUGGAUUUUGUUGAAUAUUGGAUUGAUGGACAGGUGGAUGAGGAAAAACUGACUGAAGCUGUAAUGGUUUUGCUUCAGACUCAUUUUCAUGGCUACUCCAUCUAUUCCAGUCCUUUACUACAGGCUGUGGCAUGCUGGCUGGGUCACCAGUUCCAUGAAGCCAACAGCAGCGUGAGUCACCAGGUGGAAGGAUUUAAGAUGAGAAAUAUUGAACACAUCAAAGACCUGCCUCCAGCAGAAGAUCUAGCGACUGAGCUCUUCCCGGAGGCCAUGAGGAACCUGCUGAUACACUGGAUGGGCCUCAGUGAAGAAGCAGCAACAUGGAAAAGGCUCAGCGAAUAUCCCAUUGUUUUGCUCAUACUGGAGUUUGCCAACCAUAACCUCAUCACAGGUGUGGCUCAUGUCUUGUAUUCCAGUCUCAUAUGCAGGUAGAGAGCCAUUAUUGUCCUGCUCUUAUGCUCAUGGAUGUUUUAGGUACAUACCAAGUUGGAGCUGUUUAGAAUUUCAGCUUCACUUUACAGACACUUAGCCCAAUUAUUUAGUGUUUAACUCAAUUGGUUUGGCUUCCACCAUUGUCUCAUGAAGCUAACAUUGUCAUCUUUCCAAAACGAAAGAAGGACAUUUAAGAGAGGAAUACUUUAAGGACCGGUGGAGGUUAUGGAGACUGGGCUCUUCCCUGAAGAACAUUUUGAAGACGAUCACAUGUAAAACAUUACAGAAGAAUGUUGCCAGUUCUGUUCCGUAUGCACAGGCUCACAGGACAUUUGUAAUGUGUUCAUUUUGGUCUGGUCUAAAGUAUGAAGUGUAUGAAAACAGCAGGGCCAAUGAUGUUUCCUCCUGACUCACAGCUGCGUGUUCGUCUAGUAAUAAAUCUCAUUCCAGAUUUAUUACACCUUUUCACUAGAUGUUUGGAUUUGUGAUCGUUCAGCCAGAUAAUGACAUUGGCGCUCCAGUUCAAACCAUCACAAACCAUGUCUUCAUGGAGCUCGCUCAUUCAUCAGCGGAGAUUGAGGUCAGGCACUCGAGGUGCCUUUAUCCACAUCAACAUACAUUUAUUUCAUGUUCUACAACUGAGAAGUUGUUCAAGAUUCCAGCAACGGUGCAGUUUGGUGAUCUUGGGACUUCGACUUCCAACCUUCUGAUCAGCAGUCCGAUGUCUUAACCACUUAACUACCGCUUCCGUAGACAAACUGGUUUGAGCCUGUUAGUGAAGCUACAUCACACAAAGGAAUACUAUAAAAUUGUGGGCUUCUAAUUUUGUGGAAACAGUUUGGGGAAGAACCACAUAUGGGGGGUGAUGGUCAGGUGUCCACAAACUAUUGGCCACAUGGUGUACAAUAUAAUUUAUUAAUUUCUAGCUGCCAGUCUCUAAAUGUUUUUUUUUUUUCUAGAAUAAAUGCUGAACAAGUCUAAUACAGUGCUUUGGUUUUGUUCUUUUGGUUGUACGAGGGUUGAACUGUGUCAGUAGAAAUCGUGCUUGCACCAGUUGUGACUUUCAUUUCUCACCACUACCUCCACCACCAUCGCUAACAGCAUCAGUGUUCCAGACCAGUCCUCAAGCCCCUGCAAGCAGUCUGCAAAAUUUGCUCUUUAAUAUCUUGCACAAGAUACAAAACACAGACCGCUUAAGGCUCAGUUGACUGGAUUUACAAUCAGUGUGCAUUAUGCCACAUUGUUUUGCAGGAAGAGUGUGGGCUGACUGGAGAUGCUCACAGGGAAGGAGCUGCAUGUUGCCAGUGGAGGUUCUGAUAAAACUUUGCAUCCAUCCCGCUAUGUAGCUGAAUAAGAGGCCCCACUCCUGCUGCAGAAAACAUCUUUCCCCAGUUUGAUGGCUAACAUUAUGAGUGUCUCCCAAUCAGCCUGGAAUUUUCAUGCAAGACAAUGCCUUCUGUCGCACUGCAAGAUGGGUAAAGAAGUUCCUUCUCGAUCUAAACCUGAUUGAAAAAAUCCUUGGCAGCAAAUUUAUUGCUAAAAAACCCGAGGAAGAACCUGGAAGAAGAGUGGACUAAGUGAUGUCCUGCAGCCACAGAUGUGAAGAGAAGUUAUUCACAGCAAGUGCCUGUACACAUAUAGCUGUAAGCCCUUCGUGCCACAUUGGGCCCGGAACUCUUAAUUCUGAUCAGUUUUCCACAGUAUAAAGGUUUUUGUUGAAGUGCCUUGGAUAUUUUGUAAAACACCCUAGUAGAACAGUGGUAUAACCCACAGAUAAUAUUCCUUCAAAUUUUGAGUGAUAAACAAUAUUUCAGAAAAUAUCUAAUGUUUAUUAAUAUUCUUCUCUAAUUUUGAUCUCCAGUGUAUACAAGUACACACACAACUGCUGUACUGAUUAGGACUACAAACCACAAAGGUCAAGGCAAAACGACUUCAAAAUAGCAAUCCGACUGAUGAAUGACCGACCCUGACACGUGUAUUGGAUCGUUUACAGGAUGCAUUUCUGCAACACACACGUUACCUAAUCCCAUUCCCCCUUAAAAUCUGCAAACCUUUCCAUUGCAUUACUAAAGCAUACAGACGUACUCACUUUUUAAACUUAUGGUCAUGUUUUAAAUUAGUUCAUAUCCUCCUCCUCCCUCACCACCACCAGAGAACAAGUACAUCAGUGAUCCCUUUAAAAAAAAUAAAAAAAAACCCAGACAUGGAAGAUGUUUCCAUUUAAAGGAAAUAUCCAGAACUUCUGAUAACAAUGACCAUUUGUUUGGAGACCUUCAAAAAAAUCCAAAACAAUCAGAUCUUUUCAAAAAGUAAUUUCUGAGUUUACUUUUAAAAGAACUGUCCCCCCCCCAUCACGAAUGGUAAUUCUUUAAGAGGUAAACAUUUUAAAAUGUAUUUCCUGAAAGAUGGUAGUAAAUCACAGUAACAUUUUUGGACUAACAAAAUAUUUAAUAUGAUAAGCAGUUACAACAGCUCGACACACUUGUGGCCACUACGCCAGUGUUUUCUGAUGGACAGGGUUCGGUCAUGAUCUUUAGAGCGCAAUUCUAAGCAACAUCAUCUAUCUGUUCUAUCCACAGGGGGAACCGAGUUAAACAUUAAAAAAAAAAAAGAAAAAGAAAAGAA